UCACAUGAAAACAGGCAACAUAUUCUUAAAAUGAUUUGAUAGAUUUGUGUGUAUAAAAGGAUGCCCUAUUUCUCUCUUCGAAGUAGAGCUCUUUUAUUUUUGCUCGAAAAUCAAUAUGAAUGAAUUUAACAACCCUUAUGCCUUUCAACGUUCACCAUCAAAUGAUGAUGAAUAUAUACAGCCAAGUAAUAAGCAUAUAGAAGGUAAAAAGGUUUCCAUGGAAACAAACAUAAACUAGCUUGACUAAAAUCUCAAUUUGUCCAUACAAAAAUAGCAGUGACAGUACCAAGUCAGAGAUACCAUCAUCCUGCAUCCUCAUUAAGCAGUACCAGCGCCUCUUCAUCCUCCCUGUCUUCAUUUACAAACUAUCCGAUCCCAACAUACCCAAUUAACACUACUUCAACUACUAUGCAGCAUCAGGAUUAUUACCAACAACAGCAAGCGUCUUGGGAUGAUCCUUCGCCAUCACCCCUACCUCCUACGUUAAACUAUCCGCAGCUAGUGAGCCGUCAUCGGCAUCGAUGGAGUCCCGAAUCCAGUCACCCAUACCAACCACAUCAUCAGACUCGGAAGCAUGAAAAUACGGACCAAGUCACAACCAAAGAACGCAGACAUCGUAAACAACCACAUGAGUUAUUGUCCGAGUCCCAAAAAAAAGCAAAUCAUAUUGCUUCGGAACAAAAAAGAAGACAGAAUAUUCGAAUUGGAUUUGAUCAAUUGAUUGAUAUUGUGCCAUCAUUAAAUCAUGGAAAUCGUAGCGAAGCACUGAUUUUACAAAAAUCUGUGGAUCAUAUUCGUCAUUUGAUAGCAAUGAAGAACGAUCUCAAGAACCAAGUAAGAGAUCUACAAGGUACUUUGGGUGAUACCAACUAUGAAGAAGACUCAUCUGAAGAUGAUCAACAAUACUCUUAUUAAAUAUCAACACAUAUCCCCCACCCCCCUUCUACACACACUAUUCCAGCAUUUCAUCAUUUUAUGGCAUAUUCAUAUUUGUUCCACAAGAAUCAUAAGCCUCAUUGGCUUUGUUUAUAUAAAAAUAAAUAAAACAAGGCUUUGUUUUUAGUUACACAAGCUUAACGAAAUCCCCGACAUAAACUUUUUUCUUCCAAUGACCUUGGCCUUACAUCACUGUCGUAC